AAGGCGAUAUCACCAUGACACACGAUGACCACUACUCCAAGCACUAGCACUGCAACAGAGUAUGCCGGCUUCAUCAUCAGGGUCACGAGCCGUGAUCUGCGUGAACAUGGUGAAGGCCUUUCAUUUUUCAACUGAGACUUCACUCGAGAUCUACUCCUCGCGAGUCCGGCCUCGGCGCUCUUCACUUCAGAUUAUUUCAUCAGCUGACCUGCUAGAUAUCUGCGCUCAUACUCAUAGAUCAUAGACAUAGGUCUACGUGUGCAUGCGCACAGCGCUCCUGACACGGUGCUGAUAGUGACCAGGUGACAAGUGACGACCACGCUACAUGUCCGAUCCCGAUGCAAGCAUUCAUUUUCACUUUGUGUCGCUGCGCUUCAAUUUUGUUGUUCCGUUGUUUUCGGUCUGCGUCCGAUAUUCCAUUACAGACCGCAUGUCGGAGCUUUUCCUGUCUUUCCUAACUGCAGAAGAGAUUAUUAGUAGCUGUUGUUUGUGCUCUGCAAGUAGCACAAACUGGGAUCAGAUCGCGUUCGCUAUUUUCCGCACUACAGCGGUACGCUCGUCAUCUGAAAACUGAAUGGCAGAACGCGUUCCUGCCCUCAGCUCACCUGGUCAGGAUGAUCCAGUGCAAAGUGACAUUGACAGUGACAGUGGCAGCGGCAGCAGCAUCAGUCCAGGCAAUCAUCCGGGAUUGCCGUCGCUCACACCGUCGUGUUCAGACCUUUCACCAGCCUCUUUGCCCAACACUGAAAAUGACAAGAGCUUGGCCGAAUUGGCCGACGUUGCGGAAAUGUCCCUUGUUUCUCCCAACCGCGCUGUUGCUACCGGCUCGGCAGCUGGGAAGGUGAUGAAAUCGAGAACGGAGAAAGGCGAGAAACGAGAACUGUUCUUGCCGUUUCUUAUCCGGAAGCUUGAUGAAGGCAGUACCACAGGUCUCUCCUGGGUGGAUAAGGAGGAACAUAUAAUGAGAAUCCGCUGGGUGCACAUGAAGAGUAAUGAUUACGUUGAGGAGAACGAUGCAUCUGUGUUUAGGGAUUGGGCCAUCAACACAGGGAAGUAUUGUGCCAACAAAAACGAGCCGUCGAGGUGGAAGAUCAACUUCCGCAGCGCUCUAAAUACGAUGCGUGAAUCGCUACAAGAGCUCAAGAGGAACGAUAUCGCCAGGUUGUUUCUAGCCAAGACACAGCAUGUCCCGCAGUGGUUAAGUGCACGUGACUAUCGCUAUUUCCGCAUCUUCGAGGGCGCGUGUGGUCGUCGCACCAAGCAAACACUUGGGUUUGCAAGUGCAAGCACAGCGUUCUCGCCCAGGACUGCAAGCACUGCAGCCAUGUCUUCCCGGCUUGUCAUGGAUGUACCUGGUGCUGGAAGAGCCCUGUCACCUCAAGCCACUCUAGACAACGGAGUCCGACAACAACAGGGCAAGUUACAUGGAUCGGCGUUCAAGCCCUACAGAAACGGAAGUGGCGUGAAGAGAAAACACGCUGGAGAGGAGUCUUCUCUCGUUGACCACCACCGUGUCACCAACAGUUCAUCGACGGUCACUGAAAGCGAGCAAGCCUGGAACCACAACGAACCUGAUCUCCAGCACGCUACAUUGCAAGUAGUAGAAACGGGCGGUGAACUGAAGAUGGAGCACAGAAAGUACGUCGAUCACUCUACCCGGAACUCGCCACUUCAUCAGUCUAGCAGAGGAACAGGGGUGUACCACGACCAGGCAAUUAAGAUGAGAGAUGAAGAACACAUGGACAGAUCGAGGGAAGGUGAAGACAUGGAACAGACCGUGGACAUGUUGAAACUCAAAGUAAACAACCUCUGCACAAUAGUGCACACCCUGCACGGCAGAAUAGCAGAGCUAGAGAGCAGGCUGCAGCAUCGUCACUAGCACCUCGGUAUGGACAGCGGCCUAAACGGGACGCUGUGGUUGACCAGGCUGUAUCUUCAGUGACAGAUGGCCGGCCUCAGUUACCAUGCAGCAAUGCAGACAGUGGUGCAAUACGUCAUCAGUGGCAUAGUGCUCUGUAAUGGCCCGUGAAAAGAGUGCCGCAGUCCUCGUCAGUUGAAAACAAUGAAAAGAGCAAUGUUCGUGCAAUCAUACAAGUAAUAACAUACCGUAUGAUUGCUUGACAACAUCACAACAACUUUUAAUUAAUUUAAAGUCUUGAUUCCCGUUGUCUCGCAUUGUUCAUUUCCACUUCUCAGCCUUGACCCCGCCAUUUCUCCCAAUGUGCACCAGGCCAGGGGUGCCACUGAUCAUUGUAUGAAAAUUGAAAAGUAAUCAUUUCAAUUCUCAAGUUGAUUUGGCAGUCUGGUCGCAGUUUUCCACCUGAUAGCCAUGAUCACAUGCUUGAGCUCUCGUACGCUUGCAUUGCCUUCUCGGGCUACUAUUGUAGCACUGUCAGAGGUUCGCGGAGGACGGACAUGAUGACGUAAUUUUUUGAGAGCUGGACUUGCUGGCUAUGUUCAUACUUCUGCCGCAGGCGGCUGAGUCAGCUCUAUUGCCCCCCCCCCCCCCCCCCCCCCCGCCUUCCCGAUUGUUUCUCUUCUGAAGAUGCACCCGUGACUUGAAAUCUUCCUGGUGACACUGGUCAUCUUCUCACAGCUACAGUCUAGAUUGUCUGUUCCUGUGGUUACGUCUUGGCUUACCGGUAUGAAUAUUUGAAAUACUGCAAAACAA